AUGUGGAAUUUGUGGUGGAUAUCAGCAUGUGUCGUACUAGGGAUCUGUUCUGCAAAUAUACAGGCAAACGAAGUACCACAAUCUACUACCACGCAGCAUGAACAUGAAGAUUUAACCGACAAUAGUAUAAAGAAAAUUCUAGUAAAAGAAGCAAGUCACUCAGUUGACGAGGCCACAAAGGAUUCAAUUAAACAAAAGCGUUCGGCCACUUAUUAUGAUGCAGCUCCAGUUCUGGAUUAUGACGGUAACUACUUUCCAAGCUAUGUUGAGCCAAGUUAUAUCCAACCCAGCUACGAUCAGCCAAGCUACGAACAAUCGAGCUACGAAGAACAAUCAAGUUACGAGCAACCAAGCUACAUUCAACCGGGCUACGAUCAACCUGGAUAUGCUGAACCAACAUACGAUAACCAUGAUACCUCCUACUAUCCUAAGUAUCCUUUCCAUCAUCAUCAUGACAAGUACGUAGAAACUACUACUACUACCACCACUCCUAAAUACAAACAUACUGUCCCAAAUACUACACCUAAAUACAAGUAUACUGCUCCAACUGUCACUCCUAAACACAAGCAUACUGUCCCAACUACAGCACCUACAUACAAAUAUACUGUUCCAAUUACUAAUCCUAAAUACGAGUAUACUGUCCCAGUUACUACUUCUAAAUACGAGGAGAUCCCAAAACAAUCUCUACUGGAAAAAGCAUCAAGUGGUAAGAAGGAAGGUAAAGAAGCUCCACAGUUCAUUGAGGAUCCAGUAUAUCUGCCAACUUAUAACAAAUCCCACGUGAGCAGUAUCGUCAAGAAACCUCUGGCCCAUGUUGUAGACACUAAGGAGCAUUCAGCUUACCCGCCAACCUAUGAUAACUCCUACCCAAGCAGUGUCGUUAAGAAACCUCUGGGCUAUGUAGAAAAUACUAAGGAACAUUAUCCGUCAACAUAUGAUAACUCUUACCCUAGCACUGUGGUCAAGAAGCCUUUGGGCUAUGUAGAAAACACUAAGGAACAUUAUCCGUCAACAUACGAUAACUCUUACCCAAGCAGCGUGGUCAAGAAGCCUUUGGGCUAUGUAGAAAGCACUAAGGAACAUUAUCCGUCAACAUACGAUAACUCUUACCCUAUCAGUGUGGUCAAGAAGCCUUUGGGCUAUGUAGAAAAUACUAAAGAACAUUAUCCGUCAACAUAUGAUAACUCUUACCCUAGCACUGUGGUCAAGAAGCCUUGGGGCUAUGUAGAAAACACUAAGGAACAUUAUCCGUCAACAUAUGAUAACUCUUACCCUAGCACUGUGGUCAAGAAGCCUUUGGGCUAUGUAGAAAACACUAAGGAACAUUAUCCGUCAACAUACGAUAACUCUUACCCUAGCACUGUGGUCAAGAAGCCUUUGGGCUACGUAGAAAACACUAAGGAACAUUAUCCGUCAACUUACGAUACCUCCUACCCAAGCACUGUGGUCAAGAAACCUUUGGGCUAUAUAGUGAACACUAAGGAACAUUCGACUUAUCCGUCAACUUAUGAUAACUCGUACGUGAGCAGUUAUCCGUCCAGUUACGAUAACUCUUACGUCAGCAGUGUCGUUGCCCAGAAGGUUAUCAAGAAACCCCUGGCCCAUGUAGUAGACACUAAGGAAUAUUCAGCUUAUCCGUCAACUUAUGAUAACUCUUACGUGAGCAGUUACCCGUCAAGUUAUGAUAAUUCCUACCCAAGCAGUGUUGUUGUCAAGCAGGAAGUUAAGAAACCUCUGUCCCAUGUACUGGACGCUCUCUCUCCCGGCAGACCUCUUUUAGUUAGGGGAACUCUCAAUCACUUGUUAACUCCUAGUUCCAAAGCAGCCGAUAAUGCACCCGUUUAUGAUAAUUACCAUUGUGGUUGCAGUGAUCAAAUCGGACGUUUGCAAGAGGCGAUUCUGCUGCUAGAAGAAGAGCUUCUUAAAGUGAAAUCGAUCCUAGAUGGUAAGACGAAAAUUGUUAAAAUUAGCAAAAAAUCCAAAAUGGCUGAAGACGGACACGAUAUUGAUUAA